AUGAGUCGGAUGACCCGUCGUCUGGCGAAGCCAUCAGCCCGCGCUCCAUUAUCGAGCCCGACAAGCACAAAGUCGGCCAACCAGAGCAUCUUUGACUACGUUCGCGAAAAUGGCAGGACUUAUCACAGGUACCAAGCAGGAGCAUACCCGUUCCCGAACGACCAGUCGGAAAUUGAGCGAAUGGACCUCCUGUACGAGAUAUUGAAGGUACUGUUCAAGGGAAAGCCCCAUUUCGCCCCACUCAAACACCCAAGGAAGGUUAUGGAUAUCGGGACGGGCAGUGGUAAAUGGGCUAUAGAAAUGGGCCACAAGUACCCCAACUGCGAGAUCACCGGGACAGAUCUCUCGCCAAUACAGCCGGAGUGGGUCCCAAAUAAUGUCAAAUUUGUCAUCGACGACGCAAACGAGGACGAUUGGAUGGUCGAACCAGAUUCCCACGAUUAUAUCCACACCCGGGUGCUGCUAGGCUGCUUUCAGGACUUCAGGGAGAUCAUCGCAAAAGCAUACAAAUACUUGAAGCCCGGCGGGUGGAUGGAGUCGCAGGAGUACAUGUCGACCGUUUAUUGCGACGAUGGCACCAUGCGUACCGACAACAAGUUCGCCGAGUGGACAAAAACUCAAGACCAAGCAGCGAUGUCGAUAGGUCGGCCUCUCCGCAUUGCGAACAAAUUGAAGCGGUGGUACGAGCAAGCGGGAUUCGUAGACGUGCACGAAGAAAUCUUCAAGCUCCCUGUGAACUCGUGGCCAAAAGACCCGCAGUUCAAGAUGCUUGGCCGGUUCAAUGAAACGCAAAUAUAUGAUGGUCUACAAGCCUUCAGUUUGCAGAUGUUCCAAAAGGGCUUAGGAUGGACCAAGGACGAAAUCGAGGUUUACCUCGUCCAAGUCAGAAAAUCGCUCUCAGAUCGGACCACCCAUGCGUAUCAUAGAAUUUACGUCGUAUGGGGUCGCAAGCCGACAGAAGAAGAGCUCGCUCAACGGUGA